GUCUCUGAUCUCAUUCUAUUCUCCAUUCUGUUUUUCACGUGUAGAACAAACGGCCUCAAUUAGGGCAAAUGGCAGAUAACACGACAUACGAUUCCAUAAAUAUAAAGUUUUGGGUUGCUGACAUUUCGUGCAUUGUCACAAUUUUAAUGACUGUUUAAAACCAUUCUCGCUGGUUACAAACUGUGCAAUACAGAAGUGCGACUACGUGGGUCUGAGGGGCACAACUUGUGCAAUCAGCAGCCUGCUUGGCAGCGAAACGGUUACCCGCGGCUCAGCUACUCAGUUAUCAAUUGCUCUCGCCUGCCCGCCGCUGUAUCCUCCGUUGCCAGGGCAGCCGCGUCCUGCCGAUCGCCGAAUCCCGGGCCCGGGUGCGGGCGGAUCAUGUUCGCCUUCGUCCGCUUUUUAGAAGAUAACGUGUGCUACGCGCUGCCAGCGACCCGGGUCCGGGGUUUCCAACCCCGCUCUACAGACGAUUUCGAUAACCGGAGAGUGUACGCUGUGCACCGGAGCUUGGAGGAGGAGGCCGGCUUCCCUGGAGCACCCCAGCGAGCACAGAUCCUAGCACUGGCAGAAAAUAAAUCUGAUUUGGAAAACCGUGUAAUGCAGAAAAAAAUUAAAAUCCCCAAGCUAUCUCUGAACUACUCAGAAGAGCCUUGGGAGUUUAAAGACUAUGAAGAUGAGGAAGACUCUGAGCUCAGACAUUUUAAGAGAACAGAUGGAAGAAAGCAAGUGGAAGGCGCUCACAAGAGUAUUGAAGCUGUUGUGGCACGGUUGGAAAAGCAGAGUUUUAUAGGACCAAGUCAUAACACACGUUGUGAUGAGGUUUUUUCAGAACCAUUUCACUCUGUAGGCCAUAUGGACAGGUUAGAGGCAGCUGUGGUUCCAAGGGUUUUGUAUGAAGAAUUACUGAGGAGCUACCAACAGCAACAGCAGGAAAUGAAGCAUAUUCAGCAUGAACUGGAAAGAACUCGGAAGCAGCUAGUGCAGCAGGCAAAAAAGCUGAAAGACUAUGGAAGCCUUGUGACAGAAGUGAAGGAACUUCGAGUACUUAAUAGGAGGCUCCAGGACGUCUUACUUUUAAGGCUGGGCAGCGUUUCAUCCUGGAGUUACAGAUCCAAUGGAGUUCUUGUCUCCUCUCAGGUGUUAAUAGAACAGAAAAAUACUGAAUUCUGUGGAAGAAAUGCAGGUCCUACAAUUGAGCUUCAAAUUGAUAAGUCAGAAUACUGUGAUCCUGAUCCUGAGCCUGAGCCUGAAAUUCAGAAGAUAAGCAAUGAAGAGGCAAGCACCUCCUCUUUCUUCUCUACACCAGCUCCUGUGCUGGACAAAUAUAUUCUAGAAAAUGGAAAGGUACACCUUGGCAGCGGCGUGUGGGUGAAUGAAGAAAAAUGGCACCAACUCCAGGCAACACAGGGAGACUCUAAAUAUACAAAGAAUCUGGCUGUAAUGAUCUGGGGCACAGAUGUACUGAAAAACCGCAGUGUUACUGGUGUGGCAACCAAAAAGAAGAAAGAUGCAGUUCCCAAACCACCACUCUCACCUCACAAGCUGAGUGUAGUCAGAGAAUGCAUGUAUGAUAGAAUUGCGCGAGAGACGAUGGAUGAAAAUGAAAUUGCACAAAGGCUGUCGAAAGUCAACAAAUACAUCUGCGAGAAAAUAAUGGAUAUCAACAAGUCUUGUAAAAACGAAGAGAGGAGAGAAGCAAAGUAUAAUGUGCAAUAAAUGUUGACUAUUUUAUAUGG